AUCACCAACAAGAUCCUGGGGGAAGAGCUCACUGAGGAACCCUCCAUGCCAGAACCACUUCCAGCACCUCGUCUCACCAACAACAUCCUGGGGGAAGAGCUCACUGAGGAAUCCUCCAUGACAGAACCCCUUCUAGCACCUCGCAUCACCAACAAGAUCCUGGGGGAAGCGCUCAUUGAGGAACCCUCCGUGCCAGAACCCCUUCCAGCACCUCGUCUCACCAACAACAUCCUGGGGGAAGAGCUCACUGAGGAAUCCUCCAUGACAGAACCCCUUCCAGCACCUUGCAUGACCAAUGACAUCCUGGGGGAAGCGCUCAUUGAGGAACCCUCCAUGCCAGAACCACUUCCAGCACCUCGCAUCACCAACAAGAUCCUGGGGGAAGAGCUCACUGAGGAACCUUCCAUGCCAGAACCACUUCCAGCACCUCGUCUCACCAACAACAUCCUGGGGGAAGAGCUCACUGAGGAAUCCUCCAUGCCAGAACCCCUUCUAGCACCUCGCAUCACCAACAAGAUCCUGGGGGAAGCGCUCAUUGAGGAACCCUCCGUGCCAGAACCCCUUCCAGCACCUCGCAUCACCAACAACAUCCUGGGUGAACUGCUCAUUGAGGAAACCUCGAUGCCAGCGCCCCUUCCAACACCUUGCAUCACCAAUGACCUACUGGGGAAAGUGCUCAUUGAGGCUACCUCAGUGCCAGGUCCUUCCAUCCUCACAGACACUCCAAAGGAAGCAGCUUCUGUGUCAGAGCCCUUACUAGAGCCUUCCAUUGCUGAUAAUUAUCUUCAGCAAGAAGUAGAACUCCUCAAAGGGUUACAGCAUGGCUAUGUCCAGCUGUGUAAGUAUUGCGACACCUCAGAAACAUUUUGCAUAUACACCCAGCACAAAGAUCAGCUGCAGUUUUGAUACCCAGCCCAGAUGAUGGACUAAGCCCUAAUACUGCCCUUUUUGCAAGUCACCAGUACUCAGCCUGGUCAGCACAUACAACAUUUGUUCCUUUUUGCUCUCUUUGUUGCAGAACUGAGGGUUCGCCGCAUUUCCCAACAGUUCCCUCGUUCUCUCUGGGCCAUCAACCUGCAAAUUGGACACAUGCGGACAAGGCUUAUCCGCAGUGAAGUUCAGCUGCAGCGGUGGGAAAGGGAAGGUGUCCAAGCUCCAGUGCCUGUAAUCCAAGCAGCUUCUCAGAGUGAGCAGUGAGGGCAAGUGAUGGUGGGUGUGGUAGGAUGUCAGCCUUUGCAGCUGACCUCCUGCUUCUUCUUCCCUCUUGAAGAUGUUCCUGCAGGCCCUGCUGUACUUCUCCAGCCCUCUGGGUCUGAUUCAUCAAUGUCCUCUGCCUCCCUGGAGGUUGCCUCCAUCCCACCCUCCACCUCCACCUCUUCCCUCCUCCUGCAUCCCUCUCCACCUCCUCCUCCUUCCCCACCUCCUCUGGAGCCAGACCUCAGCAAUGUGAAAGAAACUCUGCAGAAUUUGGUAGAGAUGCAGGUCCAUCAGCUGCGUGACUGUAAGUCUCACAGAGGCAGCACUCCAUAACCUCUACCUUUUCCAUCCUCAUUGUGAUUUUACAAUCUAAAAAACCUAUAGUCUAAAAACAGAGGCAGGGAUACAAUAGAAGAAGUAGAGGGAAGCUGAGGUGGGGGCAAGUGGGGGAAAGAUGUGUAUGUAUUUCAGCUGCAGCUCCUUAGGACCAGGAAGACCCAGGUUUGAAUUCUCAUCCAGCCAUGAAACUCGCUGGGUGACUUUGGGCCAGUCACUUGUCCCACAGCCUAACUUACCUCUUAGGGUUAUUGUGAGGAAAAAAUAACCAUGUAUAAACCUCCCUGAACUGCUUGAGGAAGAGCAGAAUAUGAAUGCUAAAAGGAAAACUAAUAUCAGCCCUAAUGAGUUUAAGCUGAGAUGAAACAGCAAACCAACGAGGAUGAUAUACAAUUGUGCAUAUUGCAAAUCCUCCUUAUAGUGUCAUCAAUGUACAUGGGCAAAAGUUCCCUGCCACCAGGAGCAUACAGUCUAAAGUUUGGCUUUGGAGAGAGAAGUGAGGAAGAGGAGGAAUGGGAGAGGAAAGCAUAAGGGGCAUUCAAUUCAAGCCUAUGGAGCUGCCUCUACUGAGGCAUUACGCCAAAGGCUGCGCAGUGGAGGUGGGUUUUUAGGUAUCAUUGGAGGGAUAGGAGAGAGACGAGGGGCCACAUCUGAGUGGCUGUUCCAGACCCAAGGGUCAGCGAGAGGGAAGAGAAAGAGUUGUUUUAGAGAGCAGGAGACCUUCAGGUGGCUCCUGAAGACAGAGAAGCUGGAAGAGCAAAAAUCAACCUGAUGAGGUGCAAGUUCACCGGGGGGUACAUAGCCAUGGAGGGUUUUCAAGACAGAGGGGAGGAGUCAGUGCUGGGCAUGGAAGGGAACUAGAAGUCUGUGCAGGGACUGACAUGGUGGAGGACAGGCCCCUUCACCCUGUUUGUUUUCUCUCCUUCAAGGCCAAAGAGACAUCCGCAGCUGCCAGGAAUGCUCACAAAGCUUCAAGGCACUGAGGGGGCAGUUGAGGCGGCUAAGGAGCAGACUGGCCAGGGUAGAAGCCACUAUGGGGAUCGUGGUUCCUCUAAGGGAGCUGGACGUUGCUGAGGAAGAAGGGGAAGGCAAAUUAAAAGAGACAACUGUGCUACUAUUUACAUAAGUAGCAAUAAAAUGCUGUGUAUAUAUUUUUUAAAUAUUAAAUAUUUGUUUUAAUAGGAUGUAGAGAUAGAACAGCUAUAAAACUUGCAUAUUUAUUGUUUAAAAAAAUAAAAUGUUUUAUUUUAA